AUGUGUUUACUAACGCACCGUCAACAAAAUGGCGGCACACAAAGCCGACGGAGCGUCUGAUGAAUCUGACAGCUUUGUUUUUGUGUAUGAUCGCCGAGAUAAAGACUCGCCAGAAGUAAAAGUAUCAAUAGGAGGAGUUUCAAAUUUUAAGACAUUAAAGGAACGCCUAAUAAAGAAGCUUAGUUUAAAGUCAAAUGAGAAGUUUGUCAUUGCUACAACUAACAGAGAAGAGAUAAAAGAUGAUGAGUCCUGGGGUAGUGUGGAGAAAGCUGAUACACUAUACAUUCUUCGUUCAUUGGAUCAAGAGUUAUGUGCCCCUGUUCAAGAAAGGGUGAACUACCUUCCUCAUUAUGACACCAUUGUGAAAGGAGGAAUGUAUGAAUACUACGCUUCAGAAGGACAAAAUCCACUACCAUAUGCAUUUGCAGAAUUGAUCGACAAUUCUUUAGCUGCCACAAGAAAUAACUCUGGACCCAGGAAUAUAGAGAUUAGACUGCAUUUUGAUGAAGCCACUGUGUAUGUUAUUGACAAUGGGAAGGGAAUGACUUCACGUCAGCUAAACAAUUGGGCUAUAUACAGACUCUCGAAGUUUAAUCGUAAAGAAAAAAGACCUCUGAGUGGACUAGAUGAGAUAGAUGAGGACGAAUCAUUUGUUGACCAGAACUUGCCGAAAUCCCUCAACAGUGAUAUCUCUUAUUUUGGUGUCGGCGGAAAACAGGCGAUUUUCUUCAUCGGAACCUCUACGCGGAUGAUUUCACGACCCCAAGGUUCAAAGGAUGUAAAUGAACUGGUCAUAUCUAAGGAGGAGUUUGAAAAAAAAGAAAGAAACAAUGAAGAUAUUUACAGUGGAUUUAUCAGGAAAAGAAAGCUUGGAGAUGCUAGUCAUAUUCCUGCGGAGGACGAGGUUUUACGACAGAUGAUUGAAGUGGAGGAGAAAAUAAGAGAGCAUUUUACCGUGGUUGUUAUACAGGGCAUUAGUAAAGAUCACCUACAAUAUCUGAAAGAUGGUAUAUCAGAAUGGACAAGACAACUCUCGCACAUAUAUCACUAUUACCUACAUGGACCUGCUGGCAACGUGGAAUCUGAUAACAAUAGUAGAGGAGCUUCACCAUUUAAAAACAUUGAUAUAGAGGUUAAAUUGUGGUCUUCAAGAAGCCAGGAGAUUCCUAGAACUGUGAAUUUGCGAGACAUUGAUGACGAUAUGCAGACACUGUUUGUACGUGGUGCCGUCAGUACGUUUGAAUUUAAGGCGAUCAUAGAGGGAGCUAAGGUAGAAGGUGUGCUGAGAUAUCACCCAUUCUUGUACGACAGGGAGACUUACCCAGUGGAUAUGUAUGACAGAAGUGAAGUAACAUUCGAGGAUGAGCAUGGCUAUGCGAUAUCUGAUACACCAGCACGUGGUCGGAGACAUAUAUUUGAGUGCUUUUGGAAUGGCAGAUUGAUUCCAUAUACCACCAUUGACAGUUUUGAUUGGUGUAGCCCUCCAAAGAAAACUAAAUCUAUUCCAUCUGAAUGUUAUAAUAGGGUAUCUGGUGUACUUUGGACAGAUGAUAACUUCCAAGUUAGCACAAAUAAACUCACCUUCAUUGACCUUGAGAUUAAACUGAGAGAUAAAUUGGCAGCUUUUACACGUGUUGUGAAUGGACAGGAAAGGAGAACAGGUAUUGAGAAGGAGUUCAGUAAUUGGCUGAAGGAAUGUCAUGAGUUACAUGAUAAGUCUAUACAUUUCACACAGUAUGUCGGUCAGGUAUUACGUAUAGAUCUUCCUAAACACAGACAGUCACCUUGGAGUGCCUACAAGCAGGUAGAUUGGGACGGAAAAGUGUUUAAACAGGGACAGAUGGUAAAGAUUUUACGAACUAAUCCCCAGUUACUGGGGUCUAUCAGCAGAAUUUUACUGUAUGGAGAUCAUCAAGGGGAUGUUUAUGCCACAGGUGGUGAUCUCGAAAUAUUCCAGGAGCCAAGAUCAAUAUACAGUGAGUUAAAGAUUGUACCAUUGUCUAAGCUGGAUAGAACAACAAGUCCUCACAAUGUUAGAAAGUUCAUUGAAGAGGAGGAAGCUAAGCUACCUAGUUCUCUUCAAAUAACAUGGCCAGAAGGGAAUAAAGUGACAAAAAAUGAGAAACGAAAAACAGGGGAGACAAUUGGUGAUAUUCGUGUUGAAAUAUUAAACAAGAAAGGUGACUGUGUGAGUAAACUACCAGGGAAAGACAAUGCCUCUAAAAAGUUGCUGGUGGAACUGAAAGUUAUCUGGGCAUCGCCAGAUGGACCACAGACACUUGUAUCUCAUAUCAGUCAGCAUGGUAAAACAUGGCCGUACUGGUUCAGGAAAAUGGAAAAUAUCAAGAAUCUAGGAUCCUAUACGCUACAGUUACAAGCAGUUUUAAAUGAAAGUGGUGAGAAUAUGUUUGCUGGUAAACAGCUACCAUGUGAGAAAAUCAACUUCCAGGUGGUUGAGGGAGAGGCUGAAACAUUUUCAGUGGGAGUGUUAGACGGUCCAUUCAAAGUUGGUGUUCCUUUCAAUAUUCCCCUAGAUCUACAUGACAGCUUUGGUAACCCAGCUAGAGCCCCUGCUGGUCAGGAGUUCCAUCCUAAACUUGAAGCCAGUGGAUUAGAGGUGAAAUAUUCCCUGGCUGUGAUGAGGGGACAUAUUGUCACAUUAAAGGAUGUGGUUGCUAAAGGUCAAGUACAGGGGAAUUCUGGGAAGAAUUAUAAUGUUAGCAUCACUAUUCCACAGCUGAAACAGAGCACUCAGGUGUUGAAAAUGAGACUGUUGCCAGGUCCAGCUUCAAUGUUGUAUGUGAGUCCCGAGGAAGAACAAAUGGUUGUGAACGGAUUCUCACCUAACUUUAAGAUACAGUUACAAGAUGCAGCGGGUAAUCCUACAGGUCUUGAAGGCAGGAGUGUAGUGUGCAAGUUGGUAGGGGCACCCAAUCUACCCAGUUAUUCAAUGGAAUGUUCCAGUACAGGCAGUGGUACCCUUGUAGGAGAUCCUAUUCUAUUGAAAAAGAUGAAAUCAGAACUUUUGUUAACAGCCAAAUUUGAUGUUCAGGGAAAUAAAUUAAUUAAAACCAUUGAAAGGAAGAUCAGACUAAUGCCUAGUGGGAAGGCGUGUGAGCUGAAACUGUACUACCAGGAAGCAGAUAUGUCUAAACCAGAGCGUAUAACCAACGGGAUGGAGAUAACAAAACCUGCCGGGGAAACUCUUCAGGGCCUAACAUUCACUUUAUAUGAUGAGGCUGAACAAGAAAUAAAGUUAGAUGAAAAAGUUGUGUCAAAAAUUAAGUUAAAUUGGCUUGCCAAACCACCAAAAGAUCUUCUACUGAAAGGUCAAAUGCCAGGGGUGAAGGCCACUAACACAGUACAAGAGGUUAAAUAUUGUCAGGUUACAGUCUCGGAAAGUUCAGGAAUAGAACUUGGUUUUGUUCUCAAGACGGUUACAGGUGAACCUAAGUCAUUGAACUGUACAACUGGAUCAAAUUUAAUAAAGUAUGGGCAGCCAUUAUCAAGUGAGAUACAUGUUAUAGUCAGAGACAAAUAUGGAAAUGAUAUACAACAUGACUCUGACAGUGUUUGCAAAGAUUUGAAAAUCACUGGAGAUGGACUAAAGGCUGAUAGAUGUAAAGUCGUCAUGCAUGAGAAAAAUAUGAAGAUAAUGGUCAUUAAAGGCGUGGUGUUUGAAGGUGGGACAUUGGGUAGGAAAGAGUUACAGAUUACAUGGAGAAAUCUCAAAGAUUAUGUAAGACUUGAGAUGGUAGCUGGUCCACCGGCUAAAAUGAAGUUUAUACAUUAUAAUACAGAUCAGGAAGUAUUGGUAUACAAUGAGAGCAAGCUUACAAAACCUUUAGCCAUCCAGUUAUUAGAUGAAGGUGACAAUAUUUGCACAACUCCUGAUGUACGACUACAAUUGGCGCGGGACGUCAAAUUGAAGCUCAUACCCACAGUUCAACCCAUAAAAACCAACAAAGAUGGGAUAGGUGACUUUGGAAUUUUUACAGUAUCAUGUGGCAGGGGUGUGUAUGAACUACAGCCAAAAGCUUUCAUAUCAGCUGGUUUUGUGUUGUCUGGUCCUAAGCUAAAGAUAUCAGUGCAACCCGAUCCAACUAGGCCCAGUAGCCUCGAUGUCUCCUACAAUACUAAGGCCACAUAUACAGCUGGUGAAAUUAUGCCAGAAUACACUGUGAAGAUAUACGCAGAUGAUGAGAGUUUACUUGCCAGUGCAAAACCUUCACAUGUCUCCUUGAAACUCUGGAAAUCAGAUGACGCUGAUGCCACCAACCUUCCUAGUCGUACCCUGUCAUAUAGUCCAGAAACAACACGAAAAUCAGAGACAGGAAUCUUCCAUUUUAAAAAUAUCACAGCACCAGAGGAAUCUGGCUCCUAUAAUGUCAUGUUUGUAUAUUAUGAUGGUAAACACCAACUGUUCAGUAAUGUGAUUCACAUAAAGAUUGACCCAUCAGCACCAGUACAAUUAGUCAGCCAAGACAAUCCUGGCACAGCCACUGUCUCCAAUACGAAAAACUAUGCUACUAGAUGUAUAGUCAGAAACCUCAAACUCGAAUUAAGGGAUAAAUACAAGAAUCAUGUAACAAAGGGUAUGAAUGGUGCUAUAGUACUAGAGAUAGCAAGUGCUACAGGAGAGAAAGAGUUACCUGUCUUUAAUAAUUCAGCUAAAAAUAGCACUAUUUCUGUGACACUUGCUGGUGGUACAAGUUUUAUACAGAACAUUGCACUUCAAGAGAACAGUCCGGGUAAAGAUGGCACAGAGUAUCAACUAAAGUGUACCGUCAACUGUACUAAUGUACCUAAAUCCAGCAACAUUCAGCCAUACAUUAUACCUUUCCUGUUCUAUGAUGAUGCAAAGAAGCAGUCAGAAAUGGCAGAAUUAUCAAAAGAACGGGACAAUCUACAGAAUGCCAUCAGAACAUAUAAAUCAUUGUUUGAAACCACAGAGCAGCUCAUUGAAGAAUUAAAGAUCUCAGUAAAGGAAGCUAAAAGUGAGGAGUCUAAGAUACGAGACGAACUCAGAAAACAGAAGAUUUCAGUUACCUCUCUCACCUCAGUCGAGUCAGUGGAGAAAUUAAUAAAGGACUUUAACGAGAGAAAAGACCAAGAGUUAAACCGGAAGAGACGGGUAUGUGCGCUUCCAAAGAUUAUGGCAAAUGAUCCAGAGGUUCUUGGAAAGAUAGGACAUUUAGCACACAUAGCAGAUGAUGAUGCUGCACGUGUUUUAUCCUGGCAUAUGUCAUCUGACAUGGAUUGUGUUGUAACCAUGUCAACCAAAAAGGCAAAAGAGAUCUACAAUCAGACUAGCGGCCGGCAGCAGGUGCUUCCACUUGAUUCUAUAUUCAAGAAAAGUCUUACAGAGUGGAACAAACCAUUACCACAUAUUAAAUAUAAACCAAACUGGAGACCUGCAGGGAAUCUGAUGUUUGCAAGGAAUCUCUUGGCAUUCUGGCAGAAUGAAGACAAAUGCAGAACAGUGUUUUCCAUGUUACUCGGAGACACAUUAUGGAUUGACACACUUGAUCAGGCAAAUGAGUACAGACGAGAGCUUGUAAAGUACACAAACUGCCCAACAAUUCUUACCAGGGAAGGAGAUAGAAUACGAAGUAACGGAAAGUUUGGAGGGUUAAUGAACAAAGCACCACCUGUAGAGAAACUCCGUGGAGCAGUUUUUGGUGCCCCUGUACCUGACACUUACCAUCAGUUUUGUUCAAAUAUAGAUGUUCUUCAGAAUUUAAAAUCUGCACUUGUUGCCCAUAAGACAGCUGAAACUGAACUUAAAGAACAAAUGGAAACAAUAAGAGCACCGGAGAUGCAGGCUAAGUACGAGGAGUGUCGUGAAGUUGAGAAACAACUAAAAGAUCUUGAGAAAAAACUUGGUGUAACUGCCACACCUCUGAGAGAUUUAUCAGUUUCAAGAUUAUCAAAGAGAACACCGGAACGAGACGAGGAUGGAGGUCCGGCCAGUAAGAGAAUGCGUGCAUCACCAGCGAUGACAGAGGUCAACGGCAACAACAGCAUUCUGACUCCAACUCGCACUAGUCGCAGAAUCGCAGCAAUGACGCCCACAGCAGAUAAUGAUGGUAGAAAGCGUCUGAAAAAGUCUUGAAAUGUUCCCUUACCAGAGGACAAUUUUUAUCGUCAGGAUGAAAAAGUGAACAUUUUUAUCGCCAGGAUAAAAAAAGUGAACAUUUUUGAAGUCAGAAAAAAAAUGAACAUCUUACAGUCAGGAUGGAAAAUGUGAAUAUUUUUACUGUCAGGAUUGAAAUUUGAACAUUUUUACAGUCCGGAUAGAAAAAUUGAAUAUUUUUACAGUAAGGAUAGAAAAUACAAAUAUUUUUACAGUCAGGAUUGAAAAGUGAAUAUUUUUGCAGUCAGUAUGAAAAGUGAACAUUUUUGCAGUCAGGAUAGAAAAUACAAAUAUUUUUACAGUUAUGAUGAAAAGUGAACAUUUUUGCAGUAAGGAUAAAAAAAAGUGAACAUUUCUAUCGGUAUGAUAGAAAAAGUGAAUAUUUUUAAUUUCAGGUUUGACCAUUCUUCACCAAAGUUCUCAUCUUUAGAAGAGAAAAGAAAGUCUCUUUAUAACGUCAUGAGAUUAAAUUUUGUUACCAAUGUGUUCAAGAAAUCCAUAUGUUCUGUGCUAGUUUUUUUCUUCUGUCAUUAGCUAACAUUUGGACAAGGCUUAUUGUAAAUAUUUUUUUAGUAAAAUAGUGACACAAAUUUGAACAACGUUCUUCCGCGAAGAAAGACAAUAUCUUUAUCGUUUUUGUGUAUAGCUUGUGAUGAGAAAAUGUAAAAAUUCUACUCAUGAAGUAGGUAUAUUAAUGGCAAAAGGAUGAUAGAAAAUAGAUCAUAUUGAGGAGUUUAUCACAUGACCUUGUUAUUACCAUUUUGAAGUGACAUUAUGUUCAUUUUUUUUUUUUUUUCGGUUUCGAGUUGAACUUAAUUGGCUAUACUGCAUGCGAGCAGUUCCCGUACAAAAAUUGUAGUCACUGAAAAAUUAUUUUUUAUUAUGUUCACUCAUUAAAAAAUUGAUUGUUACACAUCAAUAUUCAGCUGGUCAUACAAAUUAUGGAAAUUUCAUUAUGUUCUAUACAUAGAAUAACACUAUUUUGUAUGAAGAGAAGUAGUUCCCGUACAUAAAAUAUUACCCAUUAUAAUUAUACAAUGUUGCUAUAUCAGACCUAUUUUUCAUUUAUAAUUGUUGGAGAGACCAUUUUUCCAGAGGUAAAUACCGGUAGAUGUAAUUCAGGAUGUAGAGAGAAGACUUAGCGCUGGUAUGUAUUACCUGGUACCGUUACCCCAACGCAUUCACAUGCAAUGGCAUGCUUGUAUGCAUGGUAUUCUACUCAUUAAAGUCAUAAAAUUAUUUAAUAUAGUAAUACAGGUAAAUUCUGAUAAUUUCACCCUUUCCCUCAUGAGCAUAUUGUGAAAAAUGGCCGUUUUCAUUGAAUAGCCUCCUGUUACAAGUUCAAACUGCUAUGAAACUAUAAAAAUGCUUCAAUACUAAUCAAACUUGGCACAAAUUUUGACUGGACUGUUGCCUUUGUAACGACAUGCUCAGUCUUAAAUUUCGUGUUACCAUGGCAAUGAGGGGACAUCUCAAAAUUGCAAAAAAUCACUAUUUUGCGUUGAUUUUUUUCCAUCAAAACUGAAUUCAAAAUGCUGCAACUUCUCAAUGGAUUGAGAUAGAGUCAAAGGCUUUUCAGGGUUGGUUACACAUUACCUUAUGAUCGACUUGGGGUCAUUUUUAGACCCUCUUAUAAGUCCAAAAUUUUCUUGGCGAUAAGGGGGACUACUGCCCCCUUUCAAAGCCCCUAAACAGAAUGGGGCACAUCCCCCUUUUGGCAACCUCCUGAUGAACCUUUCUGAUAGGGGGCGGCGCCAAAAGUGGUCACUUUUUUUAUAGCAAAAUUUCCCAAACGAAAAAAAAGUGUUUGGCGCCUAAAAAGGGUAAUUUUUCACUGUUUGAGGCCUCAAAAAGGUGGGGGGUCGAAAAGCCGUCAAAACACGUCUAUAUAAAGUAAAGGGUUAACAAGUUUUCAUCGCAUUGCCCACUUAUCUGUACUCAGGUGGUAUUAGUGGAAAACCCUUUAGCAGGCCUCAUAUAUAAGUAUUAUGGCGCAUGCAGGCAAGGACAGAAUCCCCCAACAUUUACAAUGUGGCGUUUUGACAACCCAUAGGUGAACAUGAUUAAAAACUUUUUAUACAUAUUGCCCAACUGACAUUUAUUUCUGUCUCGUUCAUACAUCUGCUUGAUUUGAUAUCAAUUUGUAAAGAAAGCAAGUAAUAUCAAUUUGUAAAGAAAGCAAGUAAAAAUCAAGCGAUUAAACGAAAAAUACAGGUACUGCUUCUGUACGGGAAUUGCUCGCAUGCCAGUAUAUUUAAUAAGAUUACUGUUAUAAGAAUCAUUCACCAGUAAUUGAUAAUGAAAAAUGGUAAGGAUAAAAUAUAACAACUGCCUACAAUAUGAAAAGACUACCCCACUAUUUUUAUCAAUUGAACAUUUAAGAUACAUUCUGAUGGAUAUUUAUAUAUUAAUUUUCUAUGAGUCACAUGGGUUAUUGAAUAUACACAUAAACUAGACUGUAAAAUUGAAUAAAUCCUAAGUUACUGUGACUUAGACCUGUACACCCACCAUUUACACUUAUAUCUGGCAUAAUGUCACUUGAACAUAGGAAAUAAGAUAAAUUGAAUAACAAUUUUUGGCAGAAAAAAAAUGACAAAGCAAAAGAAGAAAAGAGGCUCUACUGGCUUGGUAUAUUUUGUAAUUUUGUAUUGAUUGUAUCAUAGUUAUUAGAUUUCUAAACACACAUUGAACAAGAUGGGCUUUAAUAUUUUGCAAACAUUCAUUAUUCUUAAUAAGAGAUAUAUGUAUCUAUAUGUAUAAUUUCACAGACCUUGUAUAAAUGGCUCGGAUACUGAUGAAGAUGAAAAAUGUCAGGGUGUUUUUUUUUAGUUGUCUUGUUCAGUCCAACUUGCCCAUGAGACCACGUGUAUUAAGCGACUUUUGUCUUAUACGACCACUGUAAAUUCCCCCAGAUCAUUUUCCCUCUAUAUCUUUAGUGUAUUAAGUGACUUUAGCUCAACGCCACCAGCGACUGCUAAUUAGUCAGCUAAUUGAGAUCAAUCUUUUCAUUGAACAACCACUUUAACCUGUCAAGUGUUUGUGUUUUAAGUGAAUGCCGCCUCGUGAUGUCACAAGUGUCAACAAUCAAAACACAACAUAUAAAUGUGUGAAAAACUCUAUUUCCCAAACAAGGUGCUUUUCAGUUCUUCCUCCCUGAACAUCGAAAUUCCUUUAGUCAACUAGCAACAGUUAUAAGUUUAAGAUGGGUUUAGUCUUAUGAAAAAUGCAAUAGUGACCUGGAGUGCUACUGGUAUAAACCUGGCCAGACCAAAUUUGUUAACCUUUUACCCCAUGAGCAUAUUGCGAAAUAUGGCCGUUUUCAUUGAAAAGCCUCCUGUAACAAGUUCAAACUGCUAUGAAAUUAUGAAAAAUGCUUCAAUACUGAUGAAACUUGGCACAAAUGUUGACUAGACCAUAAUUUUUGUAACAGCUUGUUCAAUUGCAAAUUUCCUGUGACCAUGGCAAUGGGGGGACGUCUCAAAAUUGCCAAAAAUCACUAUUAUGCAUUGUUUUUUUCCAUCAAAACUGAUUCCAAAACUUUCUUGGCGAUGAGGGUGACUACCGCCCCCCUUCAAACCCCCCCCCCCUAACAGAAGGGGGCACAUCCCCCUUCUGUCAACCCCUGAUGUAACAUUUUGAUAGGGGGCGGCGCCAAGAAAGUGGUCAAUUUUUUUAACAACAUUUCUCAAACGAAAAACAGUGUUCGGGCCUAAAUAGGCCACUUUUUCACUGUUUGAGGCCUCAAAAGGUGGGAGGGGUGGAAGGGGGGAACAAAAAGGUGUCAAAACAUGUCUAUAUGAAGGAAAAGGUUAAUUGGUAGGUCUAUUUUUUGUAUUUAAAAAAAAAAUGUCAUAAGAACAAUGGACAGUUCUGCACUAUACUAAAUAAGCAUGGUUUAGGAUUUCAUUUAUUAUCGAUUUUAAGGGGUUAGAAAAAAAUAAACUUCAAAGUUGUUAAAACUACCACUUAUUUUCUCAGAGAUUAAAAAAAAAUCUAAAUUUGUUAACAAACCAACUUACAGUUCAGUGAUGUCAUCUGUAUGAUACAGUUGUCUUUAUUUUUAUUUUUUAUUGAUUUGGUGUGUUUUACUAUUUUGAACUGUUUAUAUUUCACUGCAAAUUUUUUUUCUUGUAUCUUCAAACUGAGGCCCGCUAUGUUUUCCAAGAAAUAGGUUCAGAAUUUUUGGACGGAAUCUCAUCUUUUUUGCUGGUUAGCAUCAAUAUAUUGAUGAUGAUAUCUGUUUUAAUAAUAAGUGGGGUAUUAUUAUUUUAAAACUUGAAACAGUCCAUGGCACAAAAUCAGUCAGGAACUAAUAAAUAAAACCUAGGUGUUGUUAUGUGUUGUGUAUUGUUCAUAGCUAUUAGUCAAAAUUUUGUACUUUGUUAGAUCUCUGUCAUGGAAAUAAUGAUUUAUGAUUUAUCUUUGUAUAUAUAUAAAAUAAUCAUUAUAUAUAUAUUGACAAUGAGAAAUCUUUAAAAAUUUGAAUCUAAUCAGUUUAUACAUGUAUAGAAUACGACGAGUUUGCCAAAAAAUAUUUCUUGUUUUUUUUGGGUUUUUUUGGAGAGAGAAAAAAUUUGUAUACAUUAGUUACAUAGCCUUACAUAAUUGACUAUAUCAAAUGUAUAGAUUCAAAAUUUGUUAUAUUUUGAGUCUGUAAAACCAUUUUCAAAAACCGGAUAUUUCUCUUCAAUGGUAGCUCCUGGGGAGUUAUGUCCCUUUAUGAAUAUCAUAAAAUCUGCAUAGCAUAAAAUCUGCAUAUUAACUUAAUCAGGGCUUAAUAUUGACUUACGACUUAACUGGAAAUACAAUUCCAUCGGAAAUAAAUUUUUUGUUAUUAUCUACAUCUACUAAUUGAUCAACUCAAAAUCUUGCCAAUUACUGCGAAUUCACUUAUAUUCGUGGGCAUGAAAUUUCGUGGUUUUAUCAAAACGGGCAUUUUCAUGGGUUCUUAAAUUCGUGGAUUUUCAAUUUCUUUUAAAAAAAAUAAAAUAAAUAACCUAAUGCAAAGUAAUCUUACACUUAAUCACUGGGCAUUUUACUUACCACAUGUACAUAUCUUUACGUAUCACACAGUGCUUGUCAUUAAAUUUAAUCCUUGCCUCUGGGCGUUCAUUACAUAAAAAUCGUCAGAAAAGCGCCGAUGCAUGUUUGUAAUGUAUAGAAUAGAGACAUGGCAAGAAGUAUUUGUUGUGAUAAAAUUUCGUCAAAUCUUAAAUUCGUGGAUUGACCUACCCACAAAACCACGAAAAUUAGUGCCCCAUGAAUAAUAAUGAUUUUACAGUAGAUGAUUGUUUUAGCUUUAAAGUGGAUUGGCCUACGAAAGACACAUUUUCCAUAAAUAAUUCAAAUAUUGAUCUAAACAAUAGAAAUAUGUCAUAUAGAUAUUCUUAUAAAAAUAUUUCUUGAAAAAAAAAAUUGUUGGCAAAUUGUUAGUAAAUGUGUUUGAACAUUUAUAUGAUGAAAAAUAAUAUCUGGUUCUAUAAAAUGUAUUUUCUGCUUUACAUGUAGAUAGAUAUGUUUAAUAGGAUUGUGUCCAACAACAUCCAUGUAUAAUUAUUUCAUUGUUUAUCUUGUAUGAUACUUUAUUCUAACAACAUGACUAUUCAUGGUGUUACAGGUCUUCAAUUCUGUACCCAAUUCACUUUAAAAAAGAAAAAAACAAAGAAGAAGAACAACAAAAAAGAUAAUCGUUUUUAGCUUGCCUGAUUCAAAGAAAAAUGUUGAUAUUAGAAAAAUACAUUCUUAAUUAGGCAUUGUCUCAGAGAUAAGGGACAUAACUAAGAGAUCAGUAUUUGAGAGUUAUGCCCCUUUUCUUCAAAUGGAACAUAAUUUAAUUUCUGUUUUAAUGUCAUUAUCUUAUUAGAAUGUUCACAAUCACAAUGUUAUUUCAUUUUAUUAAGAAGGCUACAACAGUAUAAGACUCUUGAAUUUAGUUGCUGCCCAUAAUAGGUGGUUAUUAGUCCCCUACCGGUUUAACCGGAGGGGACUUUAGGUUUACCCUCCGUCCGACUGUCCGUCCGUCUGUCUGUCUGUCAGUCUGUUCGUCCACAAAACUGGAUCCCGCGAUUUCGCAAAAAGUACUGAAAAUAUUUUUAUGAAACUUGAUAUAUGGAUAGAUGGCAGUAUGGAGAUUAUGCACGUCUUUUUCUUUUGUUCCUAUGUAGAAAAUUCUGGUUGCUAUGGCAACAAAUAGUCUGAAAAUAUGGCAAAUUUAACACAUAAACUGGAUCCAGUGAUAACUCAAAAAGUACUGAAAAUAUUUUUGUGAAACUUGAAAUAUGGGUAGAUGGCAGUCGGGAGAUUAUGCACAUCUUUUUCUUUUCUUCCUAUGAUGAAUAUUCUGGUUGCUAUGGCAACAAAUAGUCUGAAAAUAUGGCAAAUUUAACACAUAAACUGGAUCCAGUGAUAACUCAAAAAGUACUGAACAUAUUUUUAUGAAACUUGAAAUAUGGGUAGAUGGCAGUCUGGAGAUUAUGCACAUCUUUGUCUUUUCUUCCUAUGUUGAAAAUUCUGGUUGCUAUGGCAACAAAUAGCCUGAAUUUCAAGAUUUCUGGUUUUUCAGCUUUUUCACCAUAAGUUCUUUAUUUCUUAAGGUGUUUACUUCAAACUUUAAAUAUAAGUUUCUGGUCAUCAACCACAUCAUACAUGUAUGUGACAAGGUCUACAACUCUAGCACAAAAAUUAUCAGUAUUACCUCCCUUGAACUUAGAAUUUUUAUGAAAAAAAAAUGUUGUCUUUUUUUAAAUAACUUCUUUAUAAUUUUUAAAUAACUUUUUUAUUUC